UGCUCCUCGGCUUCCGGGCGGUUGUGGGUCUCCGCCGCGGACAUGGGGAAAGUGAGGGCCCUGCGGUCCCGGGUGCACAAGGCUGCCGUGAGGCCCACGGGGGAGGCCGCGCCCGGCCCCGCGCCCCCCGCCCGGGAGGCGGCGUCUCUGCAGGCCUCGGCUGGCGGAGUCGGGGGAAAGGAGUGGGCUUUCACGAAUGCCAGUGUGUUUGCUGGGACCACGAUAGACCCCAGCGCCUUGGUGCAGAAGCUGGACGUGGACCCGCGGAGCAGCGCCUCCGUCAGGAGAGGUGCCAAGGCCAAGGCUGUUUUGCCCAAGAAGGAGAAGCUGAAGCUGAGGCGCGAGAGGUGGCUGCAGAAGAUCGAAGCCGCGAGGCUGGCGGAGCAGAGGCGCGAGGCGGAGCGGAGACGCAGGGCCACGGUGGUGGUAGGGGACCUGCAGCCCCUGAGGGACGCCCUGCCCGAGCUGCGGGGGCUGGAGACGGCUGGACAGCGCAGGGCGGCCGCGAGGCCCCGGGCAGCCCAGCCGAGCCGGACGAGCGCGGCACAGAGGCUCCGGCUCCUCGAGGAGGAAAGGACGCGGUUUCAGGAGCUGCUGGCCAGCCCGGCCUACAGAGCCAACCCCCUGCAGGUCACCGGGCAGCAGCUGGCCCAGCAGAUGCGGCUGGAGGGUGGCGGGCAGUCCUGACGCGACA